GACUACUACUACUACUACAAUGAACUCAACUGCCACCGGCAGGCACCACACUAUUAGAUCUGACUACUCACUCUAUCUAUCUAUCUAUCAAAGCAGCUGUGAGUGAGUCUCAAUGGACAGAGAAGCUUCUGACGACGAAGAAGACACCCGCCACUUGAUUCAUCAAACCCCUAAGUCUCCCCGCUCUUCCACCUUCCAGAUCGACAGCCCCCGUCGUCCUCCUCGCAAUGUCCUCUCCAAUAAAAGGUACAUCUUUGCAAUCACUCUCCCCCUCAUCAUCAUCUUCAUUUAUUUCACCGCCGAUUUCAAAUCCCUGUUCCGUACCAAUUUAUCCUCCUCCGCUUCUCCCACUUUGAUGCGCGACUCCGAAUUGCAAGCUUUGUCCUUGUUACAGCACCAGCAAUCACGCCUUCUCCAAUUAUCCAACCGCACUUCCCUUCAAGAUCUCAGAUCUGCUCUUAUUGAUCAGAUUUCACUCAACAAGAAAAUUCAGCAGCUUCUUCUAUUGUCUUCUUCUAAUCUCACGGACCCUCCACUUCCUGCUGCUUGCACAAAGAUAGACCACAAGCUAUCCCAGAGGCGAACCAUCGAGUGGAAGCCCAAGCAGGAUAAGUACCUCUUCGCCAUUUGCACAUCCGGUCAAAUGUCCAACCACUUGAUUUGCUUAGAGAAACACAUGUUCUUUGCUGCUGUGCUCAAUCGCGUCUUGGUCAUUCCCAGUGCCAAGGUUGACUAUGAGUUUAACCGUGUAUUAGAUAUUGACCACAUCAACAGGUGUUUGGGCAGGGAAGUUGCUGUCACCUUUGAAAACUUCGCUGAACGUAAAAAGAACCGGUUGCACAUAGAUACUGUUUUGUGUUACUUCUCAUUGCCACAGCCUUGUUAUGUAGAUGAUGAGCAUGUAAAGAAGUUGAAGGCCUUAGGUGUUACUAUGAAUGAGCUUAAGACUGUAUGGACUGAGGAUGUUAAGAAGCCAACUGACAGAACCGUACACGAUGUCACCGACAACUUCUCCUCCAACGAUGAUGUUAUUGCCAUUGGGGAUGUUUUCUUUGCUGAUGUGGAAAAGGAUUGGGUGAUGCAGCCGGGUGGUCCUAUCGCUCAUAAAUGUCAGACCUUGAUCGAACCAAGUCGUGUGAUUUUGUUAACCGCCCAACGCUUCAUCCAAACUUUCUUAGGAGAACGAUUUGUGGCACUUCACUUUCGGCGCCAUGGAUUUCUUAAAUUUUGCAAUGCCAAGAAUCCUAGCUGCUUUUUCCCAAUUCCACAAGCUGCAGAAUGUAUUAGUCGUCUUGUUGAAAGAGCCAAUGUACCGGUCAUAUAUCUUUCUACAGAUGCUGCAGAGAGUGAAACUGGUUUGCUGCAGUCACUAGUUACACUGUACGGGAAGACUGUACCACUCGUUACCCGGCCAGCGCGUAAUUCAGCUGAAAAGUGGGAUGCUUUAUUGUAUAGAAAAAAACUUGAUGGAGAUCCCCAGAAGUACAGAUGGAGGCAAACGAACGGAAACAAUAUCAACUGGUGGAAGCUAUGCUUGAUAAGACAAUUUGUGCUUUAUCUAGUGUUUUUAUUGGAGCUCCAGGAUCAACAUUCACGGAGGAUAUUCUUAGGUUACGCAGAGGGUGGGGAACGGCAUCAGUAUGUGAUGAGUACCUCUGUGAGGGUGAAGUUCCAAAUUUCAUUGCAGGAGAUGAAUAAGCUCCAUCCAAUUAUAUAUAGUGCUUCUUAGUACAAUUUACAUUGUAACAUAUGAUGAUGAUGAUGAGUAUUAGAUAGAAUUACAGCAGCAACCUGCUGCUGCUGCUGCUGCGACUUGAUUCAUUUUUUCAUUCAAUUACAAAUAUACCUCUUCUUUUGUAAUAGCUAGCUCUCUGAUACAAGAGUAUUAUGGUGUGAUUAUUAUGUAGGCAAGGUGUUUGUUUGAAUCAUAA